AUGGAGGCAUUUCAGCUUCUUUCUCGGGGAGGUGCACGAUUUGACAAGCAAAGAUUCAAGUCUGAUGUUCAAAUAUUCAACAAGGCACCAAAAGAUGUCAAAGGAAAGGGGGUCUCGACGCAGCUACCUCCGGAGCUAGACUUUUUUAAAUAUGCCAAAGCUUCUGCCGGGAAGCGGAAAGCUGGGGACAAAGAGAGCGACGCUCAUGCCGAAGACAAACAAGAAAAGGUGGAACGCAAGCGUCGGAAGAUAGAGGAUGCAUCAAUGGACUUGGACGAUAAUCACACUGAUACAGAGGAAGAGGCACCAACCACGCAGAAACACCGCGUGACUGCCAAAGGCUCAGAUGUGCCUAAACCAAUUGUGUCCUUUGAGGACCUGCGCGAACGAUAUAAUGUCCCUUCGCGUCUACUAUCAAACCUUUCUGAAAACAGUUACAAACAUCCUACUGGAAUCCAGGCUCAUGGGAUUCCCAUUCUGCUUGAGCACCGUGACCUCGCUGCCAUUUCGCCGACUGGUACAGGUAAAACUUUGGCAUAUCUGACGCCCAUCAUGUCUGCCCUCGGUUCCCCGAUAUCUAGUCUGAAGAACGAUGGAGGUCGUGGAGUUAGAGCUGUGGUUCUUGCACCAACUCGGGAAUUGGCACAUCAGAUACACAAUGAGUGCCUGAAACUGGCUGCUGGGCGUAAAUGGCGUACGGUUCUGUUUAGCAAAGCUACAGCCAGUACUAUGAGCGACAAGAACGUUAGAGACAAAGUAGACAUCAUCAUCAGCACACCCCUUCGGCUAGUUGCUUCUAUUCAGGAAGGCAAUUUGGAGUUGAAUAACGUGCAACAUCUUGUAUUAGAUGAAGCCGACCGAAUGCUUGACUCAGAAUUCUUGUCUCAAGUUCAAGAAGUUAUCGCGGCAUGCACUCAUCCGAACAUACAAAAAGCGGUUUUCUCCGCUACUUUACCUGCUGGCGCAGAGAAACUUGCGAUGGGUAUCCUCAGAAACCCUAUACGAAUUAUUGUUGGUCUUAAAGAUACACCGCUCCCUUUGAUUGCACAAACUCUUACAUAUGUGGCCGAUGAUGCCUCGAAGCUCCCAAGUCUGCUAACGUAUCUGUCUCAACCAUACAAUCCACCUCUGCUUGUCUUCACCUCCACUCAACCAAGAACAACGUCGCUUGCAGAGGAAUUGAUAAUGAACGGCAUUUCAAAUGUGGAUUGUCUUCAUGCCGGAAUGACGAAAAAACAGCGUGAUGAUGCGGUGAGCAGGAUGCGUCGUGGCGAAAGUUGGGUAAUGGUGACCACAGAAGUCAUGGCUCGUGGCAUGGACUUCAAAGGCAUCCGGGAGGUGAUCAAUUACGAUUUCCCAACCAGUGUCCAGAGUUACGUCCAUCGAAUAGGCCGUACGGGUCGCGCCGGGCGGGAGGGGAAGGCCGUGACUUAUUUUACAGAUGAGGAUGGACCCUUCUUGAAAGCUAUCGCCAACGUGCUGUUACAGUCAGGCUCUUCUGUCCCAGAAUGGAUUCUCAAACUUCCGAAACCGUCAAAAAUGAAGCGAAAACAGAUGGGCAAGAUGAAGCGAGCAGAUACCGUGAAUGCGGCCCGCAAAAUAGGUCGCAAUGAUGCGAUUAAGAAGAGGGACAUGAUUGCGGGCUCGAAGAGGCGGAAGGAGAAAGAGCUCCGUGAGACCGACGUCGGGGAAGAGGAUAGAUGA